AUGUCUACUACUACCACCACUCCACAGAAGAAAGCUCCUACAAUAGACGCGCUCACUGCCGAUCUAUAUGCCACCACCUUGCGUGCUUCAACCUCAGACGCCUUUGAUCUUCGCAACCUCUCCUCUGCCCACCUCAAGAAACUCCUGCUCGAAACUGUUAAUGAUAUCACCUCCCCAAUAUCGGCAUCAAUACCUGCUCAGCCAGCUGAGAUCUCAAAUCAGUUAGCCUCCGACCCUGUCGCUAGCAAGCCAGUUGCGGCUCCUGUCGCUCCUGCAUCUCAAGCCAAAGGCUUGGUCAAGUACAUUGCCGACCGUGUCGCUUACGAAGGCGGAGAGUUUGUGCUGCGCAUCGGUGCCCCUGGGCCCGGCGAAAAUCAAACCGACAUGGCCGCUUUUACCGACGAUGAGCUUUCCGCCGCCAUCGCAAACGUCGUCAAGGCUUCUAGCCUGUCGGAUGCCGACGCCAGUGUACUACAUCAGCAGACAACACAGAAUGGCCACAGCAAGUCGGCUCACGUUCUGAUUCGCAGAAUACCCGCUGGCGCCGAAGAGCUCGUCGAGCUUCGUAUUGCCGUCAUUGGCAAUGUUGAUGCUGGCAAAUCCACCAUGCUCGGCGUUCUCACCAAAGGAGGCCUUGACGAUGGUAGAGGCAAAGCGCGUGUCAACCUCUUCCGACACAAGCACGAGGUCGAAUCCGGCCGUACCUCGUCCGUCGGCAUGGAGAUCAUGGGGUUCGACUCCAACGGCCGCCCUGUACACAACGUCGUCGGUCCUGGUCAGGAGCCUGGACGCAAAAUGUCAUGGGAGGAAGUGUGCGCCAAGUCGAGCAAAGUCAUCUCGUUCAUCGAUCUCGCCGGUCACGAACGCUACCUCAAGACCACCGUCUUUGGCAUGACCGGGUGUCUCCCUGACUUUGUCAUGCUCAUGGUCGGAGCCAAUGCCGGUCUGAUCGGAAUGUCCAAGGAGCACCUCGGUAUCGCGUUGGCCUUAUCGGUGCCUGUCGUGGUGUGCAUCACCAAGAUCGACAUGACACCGGCACAUGUGCUCGAAACGACGCUCAAACAGCUCACCAAGAUCCUCAAAUCGCCCGGCUGCCGCAAGUCGCCCGUCUUCAUCAACGACAUGGGCCAAGUCAUCGAGUCAGCACUUCGACUCGAGACCGAGCGUAUCUGUCCUAUUUUCCAAAUCUCCAAUGUCACUGGGCUCAAUCUCGAUCUACUGCGCAGCUUCCUCAACGUUCUACCCCAGGCAAGCGCUGCCAAGUUCCAGGUUGACCAGCCAUUCGAGUUUCAAAUCAGCGACAUCUUUUCCGUCCCCUUUGUCGGCACCGUCGUUUCCGGCGUUGUGCUGGCUGGCAGCUGCAAAGUCGGAGACUCGGCACUGCUCGGACCGGACAGCCUGGGACAGUUUGUCACCACCUCGAUCCGCAGCAUCCAGCGCAAGCGCGUCAACGUCGAUGGCGCUACAGCUGGACAAAGCGUAUCGUUUGCGCUUAAAAAGAUCCGUCGCAAUCAGGUGCGCAAAGGAAUGGUCAUGCUCGCACGAACCGACGUACCGCCCAAGAGCUACAUGGAGUUUGACGCCGAGAUCUUAUGCCUGUACCACUCCACCACGCUCUCGGUCGGAAGCUGCAUGGUUCUGCACGCUGCUUCCAUUCGUCAGACGGUACGUAUCGUCGGCAUUGACAAGCUCGACGGUAAGCCGACGAUCGCUACGACAGGCGGCGCAGACGGCCAUGGCGGCAAGCCUGUCGUUCGUACCGGCGACCGUGCCAAACUGCGUUUACAGUUCAUCCGAUAUCCCGAGUACGUCAAGCCGGGCAUGAAGCUGAUCACGCGCGAAGGGAAGACCAAGCUGAUCGGGGUUGUGCGUGCUGUGGGUAAGACGGGUCCGAUUGACGGAGGAGCUACACCAGCUCUACCGGGUGCCGCUGGACAGAAGGUCUCACCUGCUGCCCAUCCGGCGAAUGCGUACCCUGCGCCGGCUCUUGGGGUCAAGUAA